CUCGCGCUGCUCACACAGGCUCAGCACCGAGGACCGGCGGCGCGCGCUCACUCACUCCCAAACAAAGAGAAGCACGCGAGGCAGCGGAGCAUCCCACCCUUUCAGCCGCGAGCUCAGUAGCAGAACCGCCCCCCCUCCCCGCUCUCUGCCCCGCUCACACAGAACCGGCCCGGACCGAAGCCACUAUGACGACCAACGGCGCGACCAACGGAACCAGCGACAUGCUGCAGAUCCAGUUCGGUCUCAUCAACUGCGGGAACAAGUACCUCACGGCGGAGACCUUCGGCUUCAAGAUCAACGCCUCCGCCACGAGCAUGAAGAAGAAGCAGAUCUGGACCCUGGAGCAGAGCGGGGACGAGUCCAGCGGCAACGUGUUCCUGCUCAAGUCACAUCUGGGCCGGUACAUCGCCGCCGACAAGGACGGCAACGUCACCGGAGACAGCGAGAGCCCCGGGCCGGAGUGCCGGUUCGUCAUCACCGCCCACGAUGACGGCCGCUGGUCGCUGCAGUCGGAACAGCACGGCCGCUACCUGGGCGGCACCGAGGACCGGAUCAUCUGCUUCGCUCAGACCGCGUCCGUGGCCGAGAAAUGGAGCGUGCACAUCGCCAUGCACCCGCAGGUCAACAUCUUCAGCCUGACGCGCAAGCGGUACGCGCACCUGAGCUCCAAGGUGGACGAGAUCGCCAUCGACCGGGACGUCCCGUGGGGUGUGGACUCCAUGAUCACGCUGGUGUUCCGCGAGCAGCGCUACCACCUGCAGACCUCCGACAACCGCUUCCUGCGGAACGACGGCGCGCUGGUCGCCUCCACGGACAAGAGCACGGGCUACACGCUGGAGUUCCGCUCCGGCAAGGUGGCCUUCAGGGACUGCAGCGGCCGGUACCUGGCGCCCUCCGGGCCCUCCGGUACCAUGAAGUCCGGCAAGAGCGCGCGCGUGGGCAAAGACGAGCUGUUCGUGCUGGAGCAGAGCCACCCGCAGGUCGUGCUCACCGCCGCCAACGAGAGGAACGUCUCCACCCGGCAAGGCAUGGACCUGUCGGCCAACCAGGACGAGGAAGGCGACCAGGAGGUCUUCCAGGUGGAGAUUUGCCGUGAAAACAGGAAGUGUGCGUUCCGGACAGCCGCUGGGAAAUACUGGACCCUCACUGCUAACGGCGGCCUGCAGUGCACCGCCUCCACCAAGUCAGCUAACUGCUACUUCGACAUCGAGUGGCGUGGGAAGAGGCUGACUCUCCGGGCCGCUAAUGGGAAAUACGUCGCCGCCAAGAAAAACGGCCAGCUAGCGGCCACCAUCGACUCCGCGGGUGAGUCUGAGGAGUUCAUCAUGAAGCUGAUCAACCGGCCCAUCAUCGUGCUGCGCGGGGAGCACGGCUUCAUCGGCUGCAGGAAGGUGACGGGGACGCUGGACUCCAACCGCUCCUCCUACGACUACUUCACCCUGGAGUUCAGAGACGGAGCGUACAGCCUGCAAGACUCUACUGGUAAAUACUGGAUGGUGGGCAACGAGCAGUCGGUGGUGAGCAGCAGCGACACGCCCGUCGACUUCCUCUUCGAGUUCUGCGACUACAACAAGCUGGCCGUCCGCCACGCCGCCGACAACAAAUACCUCCGCGGCGACCACGCUGGCGUGCUGAAGGCCAACGCCGACGACCUGGAGACCGCCACGCUGUGGGAGUACUGAGGAGGAGGGGACGGCGGGGUGAGGACGCCGUCGCCCACCGCUGCCACGCCGGAAACGAAACCGCAGCAGCACCCGUACAUCCACCCGUCCACCACCCCUCCCCCACCCCACCCCCUAUAUGAUAUGCUCUACUUAUCUUUAUAUGUGGAUAAACUGCACAGAGAGAACAGGAAGGGUAGAAGACGAAGGAAGGAGACGCUCCUUUCUCUCCUGCUUCCUUUUCCUUGUAUCCUUCCUUCCUCCCUUCAUUUUUUUUGUUUUUUCAGCUCUGCUCUGCAACGCUGACCUUUAUUUGCUGCCAUAGUUACGACGGGGCUGUGCACUUUUUCUUUUUUCAUUUCGGCUCCGAUCCGGUUCCCCGCCCGACUCGUCACUUGCUCCGUCCUCGCCUUACGAUUGGGCCGCGUUCUAGAACCCCUCCUCUCAGAGUUAACCCUCCGUCUCGUCUUUCUGUCUGUGUGAGCGGCAUCGAUGGCGUCUGAGCUGGUCUGGUGGAACCCUUCAGUACUCUGAUCUAGAUCUAGAUAGAUUCUACUCAGCAGCUUCACGGUCGCUGCUCAUAAAACAUCCAACGUCUGCACUUGGUGGCUGUCGAGCUUCUGCCAGACCAGGCUGAGUGUUGAUGAGCAGGUCUCGUUGCCUGUGAGUGGAUCUGAUGAUGAUGAUGAUGAUGAAGAUGUGAUAGAUUCAAGCCCCUCCCUCGUUUUUAUGUCGUGUGUAAAAGAUUCAAACGUUAAACCGGUUUUCUGUGUUCUCAGAUAAAACGUGUUCGUCCACCGUCAGGAGGACACGACGAAGAAAAUAUCGUAAAAAAUAAAAAUAAUAAAAAGAAAAGUGCGCAGCCACAUCCUGUCUGUUUACUCACACGUCUCAUCGGAUGAAAACCGACUCGCGGACGCACAGUUAGAUGAAUUUCUUUUUCCAUGUCCAAGGCACAGACAUUAUCAUGGCUAAGUGUACAGCAGGUCGUCAUAGUAACUGGAGUGAAAUGAUUUAUAGAUGCUUUGAAAGCUGCUUUCUUCGAUUCCCUCAUCCCAACGCACACCUCAGCCUUUACUCCGACCAAAACCCUUUGAUACUGGAUUCAGCCAACGUUCAUCUCAAACACAACGGACCAAACUGGAACCUGGUGCUACUAACGGACUCAUGGUACCGUCCCGUCAAGCAUCUCGUCCUGUCGACCUCGUGACCCCCCAUCUACCUAAACCUGCGUCUUCUCUGGUUUUCGUUUGGGUCUGAACCCCCGAGCGGUCCAGUGACGGCGUUUACGACUGAUUUUUGUUUGUUUUGUUGGUUUUUUCUGUUCCUGUCUGUGAAAUGUGGGGGAAGAGAUGCGUCGAAGAGAAAACCUGAGCUCGAAAUUUGUCGUUUAUUUAAUUUGAGAUGUUCUGUAAUGCAGUCAUGUAGCACGUUGCAGCCCAGCGGUUCUGCCCUCGGCCUCUCUAGACAGGUUAUUACAGGUCACUGGGCUCCUCCACCCGUCACCCAUCAUUCCUCCGAUCACUGUCGCUCCAUACGAUUGUACCCGGCUCCUCCUCGCCAACUGUCCAACUGUUUUGGGAAUUGUUUGCAUGAUUGUUGAGAAGUGUGAAGGGGCGGUGAUCCUCUGUGGAAAGCCCACGGCGACCACGGCAGGCGUAGACGAACAGACGUGGAAGUGAAACAUGUGGUAAUGACUGUGCCUUACUCUGGAUUUUUUUGGGCAGUAAGAAAAUUAAAAAAAAAAAAAAAAAGAAAAGAAAAAAAGAAUUAAGGUCCACAUCAUUGCUUUGUAUUACUGGAACUUCCUUUUGUAUUAUUAUUUUGUAUAAUUUUUGAUAUUGUGGAUUAAUCUCUCUUGUGCCAUUGGUUCACCGAAAUCCAACGACCAAUAAAACUGGGAUUUGGAACGCUA